AUGGCCGAUCAAAAAGGGGAGAAAAAGCGGAAACAACUGGCUAACGGCGUCGCACGGUUACCCGCUUAUAUAGGAAAUCUCGGACUUGCUAAGCGUCGCAGCUGCCCGAAAAGGAAGAAAAAACGGACGGCGACGCCUGAACCACAAAAAGUGCUCCUGCUUCCUCAGCUAGCCCAAGCUUAUAUUUUUCUGGGGGUGUCAUCUUUGUUGAUUUUUGAUGUCUGGGGCUGAAAUCAGUACUCUAUCGACUUGAAACAAUGAAGAAAGUCUUCAAGGGAGAUUUUCUUUGAAAAAUUCCCUCAAUGGUCGUUUUUCAUUAUUCUCAAUUUUGUGAAUGACUUCAUUUUAAAGGUAAAAAGAGAUUUUUCAGAAACAUCAGCAUCGUAGUGGAAACCGACGCUCCAGGAAAUGUGGAACUUUAUGUUUCUUAUCAGGUAAAACUCGAGCUUUUACUUUAAAAUUAAACCAAAGAAAAACAAAUUUUCGUCACAAAAAGGAGACUUUUUGCAAAAUGUUUCUUUUGAAACUUCAUAAUGUGACGAUUCUUCUAUGUUUGACAUUGUAUUGUAUUAAAUAUCAAAGUCACGGCCAGCUUUUGUAACUUUGAACUGAACUUUGAAAUUUCGAGGAACUUGAUGUCGAAAACUGAAAAAGUUUUCAAACUAAAUGAAGAUAGCGAAAUGAAAAUUUUCAAAAUUUCCGGACAAUAAAAAGAUUUUAGGUCUACUGCGCCAGCUGGAAACCAGCCUACGACAUUCGCGCCAGCACAGCCGAAGAGCCAGACCAAGCCAAUACCGUCCAGGUGUCUAAUCUUAUUUCAAUAUCAAUAAAAUAAGAAGUUGUAGUUGUGUUACUACGGCCUGGUAGAACAGAACACCGGGGACGACUGGAGAGACUGCGACGUCGUUCUUUCGACGGCGGCUCCUUCUGUUGGCGGAUCUCCACCUCCGCUUUCCACCCUGGCGGCCAGUCUUCAUCGGCCAACCAGAGGGUUUUUCUCAACUGAAUUCUGAAAGUUCAAGACAGUGUCUAUAGGCAAAGACAGCGCCACGCGUCGUCCGCUCGCAGAAAGCCCAUGUCGGCGGCUUCCGAAGAGGACAUGGGAUUCGGAUCUUUCGAUUACAACGAAAUAAUUGAUGCUGCCGCUUUGCACAGGUUCUCCGUAUAUUUUUUGGGAUUUGAUUGUAUAAAAUAUUUCCAGAUACACUACUGGAAUCCACAGCAGAAGCAGCGAGGAGAACAGCGUUUCCAUGCCGGUAAUAAUUCUUUAGAAAAUAUGUGGUUGGAUAGUUACAAAAGCAGCAUUAUUUUCGAUCUCACUAUUCAGAAAUGAAAUUUUUUUAACUUUUAAGCCUCAUAAAUUAUGUCAAAGAUUGUUCAUGAAAAACUACGCCUCAUUUCGGAGAGUUACAUCAGAAUUCUCUCAUUUUUCAACUUCGGGGAAAGUCAUUCAUAAUUUUCUUCAGGGGGCUGAGCAAAUGAUCUCGACGUGUUUCUCCAUCCCACGAGCCGUUUCCAUCGUCAGUAACGGCGCUGAACACAAACUUCUCAUUGGAAUCGUGAGCCUUUUCCAAAAACAUAUGUAAAAUGAAAUAAUGUUUGCAGCUUGAUCUGGCGUGUGCUUUCUCGCACGAAACUGUUCCAUCCAGAUCGACAGCGGCUUAUCUUUCCGCCCUGGUCACCAAUAUCUCAGCUUUGCCUCUUUUGCCUGGUCCAGCUAAUAUCUACGUGAACAACUGCUUCAUCACCAAGGUCUCGAAUCAUUCAUGAAGAAAGAUAAUGACCUUCUUCAUAACAAAGCUAACUUUUGAAACGUGUCUUCUUGGGAUCUUCAAGCACAGAAAUAUUCAAAAUAAUGAGAAAGUUGAAAAAUGAAGAAAACCCUGCAAAAAAUAUCUACCUGAAACUUGAAUGAAAAGCUUCAUUUCUCUUAACUUUUUUUAGUUUUUCUUUAGCAUACGAAUGAACCGCUUAAAAAAGAAGUUUCUCUAAAAAAUAUAGACCAAAAUCACAAAAAUAAGAAAUCUUCAAGAUAGUCCUUCAAACUCUAAAAGUAUUUUUUACUGCCCAUAUUACAUCGAAAUUUAGACACACCUGCGUCUAGUUUCACCUGGAGAAGAGUUCCGGUGUUCUCUGGGAGUUGAUCCCUCUGUCAAGGUCGAAUAUAAACCACCAACUGUUUCUCACGAACAGGUAAAUCUUUCCAGGUGUUUUUCUCACAAUUUACAUAUUUUUUCAGGUGGGGUUUAUGUCAAAGAGCACGUUGGUGAUCCACGAACAAGUCAUUUCGUUGAGAAGCGCCAAAAUCUUCCAGGGCGUCAAAAUAACUGUCAAAGAGCAGAUCCCCAAAAGCAACGACGACAAAAUCAAGGUAAUUAAAACUUUUUUAUGGGGGCUAGAAAAACGAAAGAUUAUUUUUGAAAAAAGUUAUGUGUCUCCCAAAAAGAUUCGAAUCAUGAUUCGAAGCAUGUUUCGUUGUUGAAUUGUACAUUGCGCCAAACUUUUCGCUGAAAUAUCUGCGCAAACAAAGCCGUCUCAUAUCCCACGCCAAAACUAGUCCCAAAAACUGUCCGGAUCAAGGCGGUGAUCAGGUGGCCGAGUGGUUAAGGCGAUGGACUGCUAAUCCAUUGGGGUUUCCCCGCGUGAGUUCGAAUCUCAUCCUGAUCGAAUCAUUUUUGCAGGUCUCUGUGAUGAGUCCAGAGCUGAAGGCGACAAAAACGGCGUCGUGCGAGGCGCGACUCAACAAAGAGCACAACCUCGAGUGGACCGUCGUUUUGGCUCCAGGCCAGACUCGCGACCUCGCCGUCCGCUACACCAUCGAGCACCCUGCGUCUGAAAGUCUUGCCUACAAACUCGUUUGA